AGCAUGGCAGGCAUUGUGAGCCGGUUGUGGGAGGCUUUCAGCCCGUCGAAUCCACCGCCAAAGAGCGCUGAUGCGCUCAGGUUUGGAAUCUUGGGUGCAGCUACUAUUGCCCCGCUCACCUUGACUAACCCGGCGAAAACGCAUCCUGAGGUCAUUGUUCAAGCGAUUGCUGCACGAGAUCGCGCCAAAGCUGAAAAGUUCGCCAAAGCCAAUGGGAUCCCUGAGGUCAAGGCAUCGUACGAAGAGCUCAUCGAUGACCCGAACAUCGACUGCGUCUUGAUCCCUCUUCCCAACGCUCUGCACUUUGAGUGGGCGGUGCGAGCCAUCCGCGCCGGCAAACAUGUCCUAUUGGAAAAGCCUGCCGUGUCAAACGCACAAGAGGCGGAGGCGCUUUUCCGUCUGCCCGAGCUAUCCGUACCAAAUGCGCCGGUCUUGCUAGAGGCGUUCCACUCGCGCUUCUACCCCUCCUGGAUCAAAUUUCGCUCCCUCAUCAACCCGGAUGAUGUCGUCUCCGUUAAGAGUGCCUCCAUGAUCCCCUGGUGGGGCACUAGUAAGAGUGAUAUCCAUUUCAACUACAAUCUCUCCGGCGGUAGCAUCAUGGCCAUGGGUACCUACAAUUUUGCCGCACUGCGGAUGCUCUUUGGCGCCGAGCCCGAAGAAUGUAUCAGCUGUAAUACUCACCACUACACCGAUGGCGAGCAUCACGAUUGCGACUGGGACUUCCACGCCACCUUCCGGUUUCCUGGCGGCCGCAUCGGCGAGGCCAGCAGUACCCUCCGCGGUCCUACCUGGUGGACUCCGUCCACCGCUGAAGUGCAACUACGCGCCGUCCUUGUGCCCGAGGCAGAGUUAGAGAAGUCCGGACAAGAGAAGUUCCGCAUCCGCAAAGCGACCCUACACGGCAUCGUCCACGGCAUCUUCUGGCAUCGCAUCGACCUCCACGAUAUGUUCGAAGUGCGCGAGAAGAGCACGGGUCGCGUGGUGAGGACGUGGACCGAGACAAACUCGGAAAAGGCAUACACUUUCGCCGAGGCUGGCGCCGACUUCGCGGGUCUCCCCAGCGAGGCCUCGUGGAUGUCGUUCCGGCAUCAGUUGGAGCAAUUUGUGAACCGGGUGAAGGGACGGGAGACGACAACGUGGGUGGAUGGAAAUGAGUCGAUCCGACAGAUGCGAAUGAUCGAUUUGGCGUAUGAGAAGAGCGGGUUAGGUGCUCGUCCUUCGAGCAAGUUUCUUGGAACGUUGUAAUAGAAAUCUUGAGCAAGAUGAGCCUGAAGAGUACUAUCCGGAGUGCGAGGGAUCAUGAUUACUCUAAGGGUAUGCGAAGGCAAAAAACGGAAUUUUCUCGACAAGCCAUCUUGUUUGACAGAUGGUCAUCACUCAUGUCGGAUGUUCCAUCUUGCGAUGCAGCUGCUCGCCAUUCGUGGUUGGCACGAAGUUGU